AUGACAGAAACAAAGUUCUCAUUCCUGAAGGUUGACGGCGAGAAGAUUGUUGAUGAGAAUGGCAACAACGUGAUCUUGAAAGGCGCGGGUUUAGGAGGGUGGAUGAAUAUGGAAAACUUCAUCACAGGCUAUCCCGGGCACGAGCACCAACACCGUGCAGCAAUGCUCGCUGUUCUUGGUCCAGAGAAAUAUGAAUACUUUUUUGACCAGUUCCUCACACAUUUCUUCAACGAUGCCGACGCCGCAUUCUUCGCCUCGCUGGGACUCAACUGCCUCCGCAUCCCAUUCAACUACCAUCAUUUUGAGGAUGACAUGAACCCGCGCGUGCUCAAGACCUCCGGGUUCAAGCAUCUCGACCGUGUUGUAGACCUCUGUGAGAAGCAUGGAAUCUGGACAGUGCUGGAUCUACAUGCGGUGCCCGGGGGACAAAAUCCGGAUUGGCACUCGGAUAAUCCGACGAAUGUGGCACUGUUCUGGGAGUAUAAAGACUUUCAAGACAGGGUGGUGUGGCUGUGGGAGGAGUUGGCCGAGCACUACAAGGACCGCAAGUGUAUCGCGGGGUAUAACCCUUUGAAUGAGCCUGCUGACCCUGAACAUGUACGACUCCCGAAGUUCUAUGACCGCAUCGAGAAGGCCAUCCGAAAGGUCGAUGCAAACCAUAUUCUUUGGCUCGAUGGAAACACAUUUGCAAUGGACUUCAAGGCUUUUGACAGUGUACUGCCCAACACUGUCUAUGCCAUUCAUGAUUACUCCAUGAUGGGUUUCCCUACUGGUAGCCCAUAUACCUCCACCCCCUCCCAGGACCAUAAACUCGAGUCUCAACUCCUCCGAAAGACCGAGUUCAUGCACAAACACCAGGUCCCUAUCUGGAAUGGCGAGUUCGGGCCAGUCUAUGCUCCACCCUCCUCUCAGGACGCAGAUACAGUAAACACGCAGCGCUAUAACCUUCUCGGGGCACAACUGCGUAUCUACGAGAAGUACAACAUCGGCUGGAGCAUCUGGACGUACAAGGACAUCGGCAUGCAGGGGAUGGUGUACGCGGAUCCGAAGGGGAAAUGGAUGAAAACAUUACAGCCGUUUAUUGAGAAGAAGAAGAAGGUGCAGGCAGAUGCUUGGGGGUAUUGGCCUUCGGACGAGAUUGAUGGAAUCUUUGGUCCCUUGGUAGAAUGGAUCUCGAAGAACGCGCCAGAGGCAGCGCAGAAGUAUCCCGAUCACUGGGACGUAAAGCGCCAUGUGUCAAGGCUUGUGAAGGAGUGUUUUCUGAGCGAGACGCUGUCUGCGGAGUUCGCGAGGUAUUUCGAGGGUAUGGGAACGGAGGAGCUAGGGGAGAUGGCAAAAAGCUUUGCUUUUGAGAGGGUGGUGCAGAGGGAGGGGUUAAACCAGAUUUUGUUGGAGCAUGCGUCGUUGGUGUAA